AUGAAUGCCGGUCAAUCCAAGGCCGACGCACAUACGCCCCUGGACGCGUGGUUCUUGGAGCAGCUUGGCGUGCAAGCCGGUGCGGUUGGAGACAGCACUGCGAGCGGCGCGGCGCGCACCACGCCGUUCGCCCACGUGGAAGCCUGCGGGCCGCUGUAUGCCAGCAUCGUGCGGGAGGUGACCGCCGCCCAGCAGCACCUUAGCGAGGCGCUGGCGAUCGCGAGUGGGGCUAGCAGCGAGCCGCGCGGCCCUGAUUCACGGGAGCAGCAGGGUGCACCCCAGCAGCUCCCGCAGCAGCAGCAGCAGCAGCAGCAGCAGCAGCAGCAGCAGCAGUUGCACGAUGCACAGAUGCAGCAGCGCCUGCAACCGCCCGGGCCGCGCAAGAGGCUGCCGCCAGUGAGCAAGCACGCGAGCAAUGCCGAGAAAGAGGCGCGGAGGAGGGAGCUGGCGCAGCAGGCGCAGGCGCGCUUCAAGGAGCGCCGCAAGGGGGUGUGCGAGGCGUUGUCGUCUGAGCUGGCGUCCAAGCAGGCGCUCCUGGGGGAGCUCGCGGCCGCCAACGAGGCCCUGCGCGCGCGCGAGGCCGUGCUGAGCCGCGCGGUCUCGCAAUUCGACGUGUCCGCUUCGAAGCUGCAGCAGCGCAUGCGGGCCCUCCGGAUCGCGGAGCAGGGCGCCGCCGCGACCGGCACCGGCGCCAGCACGAGCGGCAGCGGGGACACGGGCGGCUGCCAGGCCGCGGGGCGCUCUUCGGAAGGGGUAGGCAGCAGCUUCAGCAGCGACGAGGGCAGUUUUGGUGGCAGGGGCGGUCGGCAGCAGCAGGAGCAGCAGCAGCAGCAGCAGCAGCAGCAGCAGCAGCAGCAGCAGCAGCAGCAGCAGGGGCAGAAGCAGCAGGGGCAGGAGGAGCAGCAGCAGGGGCAGCAGCAGCGGCAGGUUCUGGCGGGCGUGGUGGAGGCGGCGCUGCAGCUGCCGCAGGAGGAGGGGCUGCCCCCCGCCCUGGUGGACGCGGUGCGGCGCGUGUACGCCGGGGCCGUCCGGCAAGCGAGCGAGGCUUUCGAUAUUCCAGAGGGCACCCCUGGCCGCGAGGAAGCCGUGGCGUCCGCACUGGCGCGGAUGGACGAGUUCCGCAGCACAAUGCGCAACGUGCAGGGGCUCCACCCCUUGGUGCGGCGCCGCCUGGCGGCGAUAGACCUGGAGACCGGCCAGCCGCGGGACCCUCCCCCCGGCUUCUGGCUGCGGGUGGUGGCGCGCAUGCGGCUGCGGGUGCCGGCUGAUGCCAUGGGGCGCGCCAAGGCCGGGGAGGUCCGGCAGGCGUGGGAGAUGUACUCACAGCAGAUGUCCCAGCUGUUUCAAGAGCAGGAGGGCAUUAAGGCGGAGCUGGCAGAGCUGCACUCCGCCGCCGCAGGCCUCACCGUCGCAAGCAGCGGCAGCACCAGCCCCCUUGCCCGCAGCGCUGGGCGCGCCGCCACCUGUCCCCCUAUUCUCUAG